AUGGGGCGUGGAUUUUUUGCCCACCAAACAUGGUUAAAAGAGCUCAGCCAAGCAUGCCCUGCCUUUAUUUUAAGAGAAGCUGUGUGUAUUAUAAGGAUUCGGGGAAAAAAAAUGUCUCAAUCAAUAGCGAAUUCAAUUGAUCAAAAUGAUGAAAUGAGUGAAGAAGAAGUUCAGUUGUCAGAUUCAUCGAACAUAGAACCCACAACUGAAGCAACUCCACAGGUGAGAGUGCCCCAUGUGAGAGGAUUUCGCCAAGCUUGUCCUACUAGGUGGAAUUCUACUUAUAGAGAUGCUAUUUGCCAAUUCAAGUUUAGUGAGGAGAAUUUCAAGUUUUUCCCAAACGAUGAUAAAUGGAAGGAAAUUGAGAAAAAUGCUAGUUUCUUGAAGGUUUUUUAUGACUUGACAAAUCUUUUUUCUGGGACAUCUUAUCCAACUGCAAAUUUGUACUUUCAAGGAGUAUGGAAGGUACAAGUAACUUUACUUAAUGCGGCAUUGGGUGAUGAUGUCUUUUUAAGGAAUGUGGCCAAUCAAAUGCAAGGGAAAUUUGACAAAUACUGGUCAAAUUAUAGUAAAAUUUUGGCAAUGAUUGUUAUUCUGGAUCCUCGUUUCAAGAUACAAUUUGUAUCUUUUUGUUUAAGAGAAGUGCAACCAAUGUCUUGGAAAGAUCGAUUAAACGACAUCCAGCAUGAGAUGCAUUCACUUUUUGAUGAGCAUGUGAAGCACCACUCCCCUUCGACUUCUAAGAAAAUGCUUCCUUUGAAGCAACUACUAGUCAUGAUCGGUUUUAAGACUUUUGCUAAGGAAGAUGAAGAAGCUCUAAUGUAUUUGAUUCUUUCUCGAAUGGCAAGAGAUAUCUUAUCAAUUCCAACAUCAACAGUUGCAUCGGAAUCAACAUUUAGUAUUGGAGGAAAAGUGAUAAGUAUGUCACGUAGUUUUUUUACGCCUGAUAAUGCUGAAACUAUCAUUUUAACUCGCGAUUGGUUGUAUAGUCGAGAAGAUUUUGUAGAUAAGGAAGAACUUGUUGAAGAUAUUGCUCAAGCUGAAAGAGCAGGUCGUACCCCAUCUAGUGUAUCAUCUUACUCUGUUUGA